UAAUCAAAACAUGGAAACAGCUGUUCUGAUUUGAUCUGUUUUUCGGUAGGCAGAGAUUUUGAAACCAAUGUAGUUGAUGAGUUGCUACAGUACGUUAAGAAAUUUUGCUGCUGGUAGACCGUUGUACAAAUAAGAUGUUUUCGAGAAACUACUUAAUUUUACACAUUGUUUUAAGCGUUUUUGUUUGUAAUAUACUUUGUGCUGAAGAAGGCGGUGAAAAACUUUCUGAAACUCAAGAUUGUGGUUGUGGAGCAACUUCACGAAACGCUGAACUUUCAAAUAAAGAAGAUUGUGCCAAUAAACCUGAUGGUGAAAAGCAUAGUGAUAGUAGCCCUGUUGAAAAAUAUUUAGAAAAGAAUCAAAAUCUUGGGGAUGAGGAGGAAGUUCAUGGAACAGAGAGUGUAUUAAUCAAAGGUGGUCAGUUUAAAAUGGGAACGGAUAAACCCGUUUUUGUUGCCGACGGUGAAGGGCCAGCUCGCAAGGUGUUUGUUGAUGAUUUUUAUUUGGAUGUUCAUGAAGUAAGCAACAAAGAUUUCGAAGAUUUCGUGAAGAUUACAGGAUAUGUUACUGAGGCUGAAAAAUUUGGUGAUUCAUUUGUUUUGGAUGUUCUUCUAAGUGAAAAAGUCAGAGAAACAAUAACACAAGCAGUAGCUGCUGCACCCUGGUGGUUGCCUGUGAAAGGAGCUGACUGGCGCCAUCCAGAGGGUCCAGAUUCAAGUAUAACUGAACGAAUGGACCAUCCAGUUAUUCAUGUUUCAUGGAAUGAUGCUGUUGCAUACUGUAAAUGGAAAGGAAAACGACUCCCAACUGAAGCUGAAUGGGAAUAUGCAUGUAGAUCAGGUCUCCAAGAUCGUUUAUUCCCUUGGGGCAAUAAGCAGAUGCCACAUGGUAAGCAUUACAUGAAUAUUUGGCAAGGUACGUUUCCUCAGAACAAUACCAAGGAAGAUGGGUACAUUAGUACAGCUCCAGUAACUGAGUUUCCUGCCACAAGUUUUGGCUUGAAAAAUAUAGUUGGAAAUGUUUGGGAAUGGACUAGUGAUUGGUGGACUACUAAACAUUCUAUUGAAGAACAACACAAUCCAAAAGGUCCUAAGUCAGGCAGUGAUAAAGUGAAAAAAGGUGGAUCCUUCAUGUGUCAUAAAAGUUAUUGUUACAGAUUCCGUUGUGCAGCUAGAAGUGAAAAUACUCCCGACACAACUGCUGGAAAUUUAGGAUUUCGAUGUGCUGCAGCAAAAUCUUAGCAAUUCUUUACAAAGAUUUUGAUGUUUUACUGUUAAUUUUGUAUUUUUUACAGAAACUUAAUAAAUCUCUAGUAGCAUAGCAUGCACACUGGUUAAUUAUCACACAUUUCAUUUUUUUCGGUGUGGUGAAAUAUUUCUGUAUCAGUGAUAAUAUGUCUUCCUAUAAUUAUUUAAUCAAGAAUUUGCUUUAUUACUUACUGUUGUCUUUUAUAAUCAUUUUAUAUGAUAAAACUUUUUUUUUUUCGUUUAAGUUAAAUGAUUAGAAACGUUUUAUAUAAAUUUCAUGUUAAACUUUUUUUUAAUAUCUGUUCACUGAUUAUUUAUGGUUUAGUUCCUUUCUUUAGUAAAACAUUCAUAAAAUAUUAAAAACUCCUUUUUUUAUUUUAUUUAUUUUAGUAUUUUUUCAUUAUGUAAAAAUUUUAUUUAAAAAAUUACAGAGAUUUUUUAAAAAAUUAAAUUUAUUUGUAAUUUAAUUUGAUGAUGUUGCCUCUGAAGCCAAGAGAGUUCUUAGGGAAUGCCAUCAAGCUUUAGUGUAUUUGUUACUUUUUAAAGCAUAUGAUUAGAAACAAAAAUGAAAUCAUAUUCCCUCUCAUGUUCUCGAAGCAAGAAUGGCAAGAUUGGUACAAAUUACAGCUUAUGGAAAUGUAUUCUGUUGAAAUAUUGUAAAGAGGAAGAGUUCUUUAGGUUAUGUGAUCAUAUAUGGAGUUUGAAUCUAUAUUAUUUACAUUAAAUAACAACUUUUACUUGAGUAUAAUUUAUCAUAUUUACUAUUUAUUUUAAUUUUGAGUAUUAUUUUUACUAUAGAUUAUCUUUGCUUCCAAUCUGGAUAUUGUUCCAAAUUGUGCAUAUUAAUUUAUUUUUGUAAAAUGUUUCCAUUUGAAGAAUAACAGAAAAUGGUAUAUAGAAUUGGUAUUCAAGUUUUUGGAAGUCAAGAGAUAUUUUUCAAUUUUGUAAUAACGUUUAUGGUUAUGUAAUACCUUUUGUUUAGUAUGUUAUAAAAUAGUAUUAAUUACUUGAUUAAUAUUUUUAGGGUUUUUUUUAUUGUACUUAUUUUUUUUAAAAAAUUUAAAAGUUUUGUUGUGAUAUUAACACUUCCUCUUCCUAUUGCUCUUUAUUUUCUUUUUCUAUAAAUAACCUUGAACAAAAUGAUGUUCCUAUUUAAUAAGAGGUAUACUUACUCAUGCAUAAUUGAAAAUUACAGUAAUUAUUGCUUUAUAUAAUGCCAAUUAGGAAUUGUGAACAACUUGCUUUUUUUUUCUCUCUAUAUCAUUUAAGAUGAUUAUUCAUUUAUUUUGAACAUUUUAAUUUGGGUAUGAGUUGUUGUUUCAAUUCAAAUAAGAAUUCAUAGAGUUUUAGGGAUGUUUGUGUCUUUGAAUUAAACAAUAGUAUUUAUGUUUGAAUUAAUUUUAAUUUGUUUGAUAAUUUUAUACAUAUAUAUUGCAUGGGCAUAUUCUCUUAACAGUACAAUUAUGAAUACAAUUAUAUAUUAUUACAACAGUGCCAGUAACAAUUGUGAAUUUAAUUCUUUUUAAUGAUCUAAUUUAUCCCUCAAUUAAUUCUUUAUUGGUGGUUUAAUCUCUUCUUUUUUUAACUCCCUGUGUAUUAGAUAAAUUGGUUAUUAAAAAUAAAGGAAAGCACUGACUUCUUUUUCCAAAUACUUGAAAAGGGGGAAAGUAUUUUUCUAUUUAUUUGUCAACAUCUCUCUUGUAAAAAUACAUAUAAUUUUCCUCUAACCCAGAGUUUCUUUUCAUGCUACAUGUAACACUAAUAGUACAUUACAUUAUUCUUUAUGAUACAGUUUUUAAACAAAACUUAAAUGGAAUAUAAAAUAUUGUCUGUUUCAGUAAUUUGUUUUAUCUUUAUAAUUCAGAUUAAUUACCUAAUUUUUAUAGCACUAUGUAAUAUGUUUCAUAUGGUGAAAAAAAUUUAUUUAUGAAUAUUAUUGCAUAAUAUAAAUUUAUUUAAUUUUAAACAUUCCAUUUAGAAUGCAUUGAUUUUUUAUAGAGAAAAUGUCUUAAUAAUAGUGCACAUAUUUUUAUUUAUGUAGUAAAAAUUCGAGAACCUCUGUUCUAAUUACAAAAAGUGUGUAAUUAGAAAUACCUUAUUGUUUUGUUUGGUUCUUAUCAAGACUAAAAAAUAUUAUAUUUAAUAAGAGGUAACAGUUUUGAGUUUAUUAAUCUCUAUUUUAUAUAUCUUAAUUUUUCUGCCAAACUUUAUAAAAAAAAAUAAGAAGACUCUGAAAAAAUAUUAAUUAAAUUAUUUCUGUAAAAUAAAGGACCCAAUGAUUUAUUAUUGAGAUAUCCUUACUAAAUAAUAAAAAUUCAUUUCUUAUAAUAAAUAUAUUCACUCCAUCAAUUACUUUUAUUAAUAUUUGAUUAACCAGCUUAAAAGUUGGAUUUCACAAUGAAAUUUGAAAUACUAUAUAAGGAGUUUUGCUAGUUAAAAAAAUAAGUUGUAGACCACAUUUUUAAAAUACUUCCUAAAUAACGUGAUUGUAAAAUUUUAUUUUCUGAAAAAUUUGCCUAAAGGUAUCAAUUUUACAUUUGAUUUAUCUUAUGAUUAACAAUUGAUGUGAAAUUUUAGAAAAACACUCGAUUCUCAAUCCAUUUUUGAUAAAAAUUCAUAAUAGAACAAUAUAUUUAGCCCACUCAUAAAUUACCUUUUUAAAAAAUGAUAAUAAUUGCAUAUUGAUAAUAAGAAACAGAAUAUUUUGAUGUAUUUAUUUAUAGUAAAACAAAAUAAAAACUCAUUUAUAUUUUUCAAUAUGUACAUAAUAGUUUUUUUAUUAUAUUGAAUCUUGAAAUUUUUGUUAUAUUUUCAUUUGAUAUGAUAUGGAAAAAUUAAAUAUCAAUCAGUAACAAUAAUAUUUCUACCAUUAAGAUUUUUUAAUA